GCUUCUCUUAAGCGUGCUGGCAGUCUGCUCCCUGAGCUUCAUCAUUGCCUUCGUGGUGAUCGGGAACCAGGUGGGCGAUGAGCUGACAGUUGUGGAGCCCUGGCAGUGGGUUGGAGCUCCCGACAAUUUGGUGGAUGCAUUGCGUGGGCAAUGUGUGGCAUUGAAGAAGCAGGCCUCACCCCUGAUUGAGCUGAUUGAGCAGUACAACCGCCAGAAUGGCUUUCAGCAGAUCACCUUCAAGACUCGCGGCCCUCAGAAGCAAGCGAAAGCUAUCUUUCUGCCAAGCGCCUCGCAUUCACCGCGCGUGGUGAUCGUUCAUGGACGCCGCUCGCACGGCCUCGCCAGUGCCGCGCAGGCUGCCGGCUAUUUCCUCCGCCUGACGGGCAUUGGCGCGUUGAUUAUCGAAGAUCUCGCGACCAUGCGACAGAACCGGAGUUCAUGGUUGCUGGAUGAUGACACUGUCCUGGGUGCUUGGGACUAUGCGGUGGAGGACCCAGAUGGACUCCUUGGAGGUCCGAUGCCUGCUAGCCAGGUAGGCCUUAUGGGUUUCGACUUUGGCGGCUUUGCUGCGCAACGAGCCUUCGUUCGGGAGCCACGAAUCACUUCACUUCUGUUGGAUGGAGUCGUGCACGACUUCGAGGCCUUGAUGGAAGCCCACGUGGUCCGUGUCCUGGGCAGCUGGAACACGGCGCUGCUCACAAACCUCUUGACUCAGCAGGCCAAGAGCCGCUGCGAGUUCAACCUUCAGAUGAGGCUCGGCGAGGCCAGCUUGAGGGAAGGCUUUGCUCAGCGUGAGUCGGCCAACAGCACCCGCAUCGGCAUCAUUCGCUCUGUGGAC